AUGUGGCAGCCCGCGUGCACUGUAGACGAGGCCCGCUCGUCGCAUUUUUUUGCCAACCUAGCGCACAAUAAAGCGGCCCGGCGCAAGGAGUUCCGCGCCGCCCGGUUUGUCGCCAAACUGAAGAGGAGGAGAGAGCGUUCAUUCAUGUCUUCGUGGAGUUCGUUGGGGCCGCGCCAGAAGUCGGAGUGCGGGACGCGUAAGGAGACCCCGAACCACAUCGUGGCCGCUGCCCGGACUGGCGGCUUCCUCACGGCGGUUAGCGCUUCGGGGGCCAUCGUCGACAUCGACGAGUUAGUGGGGGUGGAAUCCUUGUCCCAGCGAUACCGCUUCUUGGCCGUGCUAAAGAGCCGGCACCCAGAUUUGAAGGUCAUCGCCCACGACGACGCGCGCCAUUUGCGCUCGAUGGUGGAGGCGAACCGGGCCAGUUCUCCGAUCGCCGAGGAGCUGGCGGCCGACGUCGCAUGCAUCGUCGACGAGUACCACGCGAGCGCGCACGUGGGGGCGUGGUGCAAGAAGCACUGCUUGCCAUCUCUGCCGGAAAACCAGGCGCCCCUCCGGAAGUUCCCAACGAACAUCUGCGAGGUGAAGAACUCGGACCUAUCCCCCCUAGCUCAUACUAUCCAUCACAUGGGCCGCUGGAUGUGCAUCCUUGCCGUGGCGGAGAUGGUGGACGUGAGCAACCGCCGCGUCCUCGCUCUUGCGGAGGCGCGUCGCGGCGUUGAGCGGAGGAAGGUGGCUCGGGCAAAGAAGAAGGCGCAGGAAAAGCUCUGCGCCGCAACCCCGCCCCCCGAGCUCACCGCGGCCGAGAUCCGCGCGCUCAUGGACGCCGCGCAGCAGAAGGUCGACGAGAACUUCAACGCUGCCGAGCACUUGCCAGAAGCCGUGUAUAAACUCAUCCACCCAAUAGCGACCACCACGUGCCAGGGCUUUUAUUCCACGACGAUGAUGUUGCUGGGCGCCGCCCCGGCCUUGACGAACGGCGCCCGCGUCAAGCUGUGGUCGCAGAAAGCGUGUCCUCUCACCGCGGUCGUCAUCCAGGUGGCAGUGCCGCAGAAAGGCAAGAGUCGUCUGCAUCCCGUCAUCGAGGAGAUGUUCGACACCUGCGACGACGCGGUGGCGGACCUGGCCCAGCACAUGUUCAACGAGGCUCGCGAAGGGAGGCAAGACGCGCACGCCAGCGUCGGCGGGGAACUCGUAGUGAAUACUGCCGCCCUCCAGAGUUUUACGUUCCCGGAGUUUUUCUUCAGGUGUUCUGCUGCGUGCAAGCAGGUCGAGUGCAAGGUUGGGGAUGAGAAGACUGACCCAGGCAUCCCGGCCAGGGUCUGGUUCGGCAACGGUUUCAACCUGGACGAGGCGUACGAGUUCUUUGACGGUUUGGGCCUCCUCGGUAAUGCGACCAAAGACAAGGACAAGACGCCCUCCUUGAACGCGUCGUUGCUGAAUUCGCUGUUGCAGUCUGGCAAGACCAGGAGGGCGACGCGCACAUGCACCAAUUUCGGCAUGUCGAGGGACAAGACCGUGUCCAUCUCCAUUCUCGGCAACGCCCACCCCGACAAGGCCAUUCCCAUGGACCGCGGUUGUUUGGGCUCCCACACGGCGGCCACGAAAGAGCGAUUUGUGUUUUGCCUCGACCGCGCGGUGCCUCGACGCGCGCCUUUGCCCGAGGACUGCGAGCUCGAAGCUGGUGAUGAUGGGCGGGCGUGGCUGCCUCUCACGGCCCAGCAAGCCGCGGUCUACGGGUGGGAUCACUUUAAGGACGUCGACGAUCGCUCUCAGCCUGCUCCGUGCGAGGGCGGCCUCGUCAUCCAGGGGCCUCCCGGCGGCUACGUCGUCUCGUUCCCUGACGGCCACCAGAGUCGAUUGCGGUACUUGUGCCGUCCAGACGGCGGGCUCGUCGCCACCGAGUACCGCAUCUCCUCGCGUUGGAAUCUGCCUGGCCCCGCGGACCACAUCAGGGCGGCGGCUCGGCGCAUUGCUGAACUAUUCAAGGAUAAGCCGCACGCCGUGCUCGAGUUCGAGAGCCGCGCCAAGAAGAUCCUCCUGGGCAACCAGGUGGCGCAGAGCAAUCGGGCUGACAUGUGCGAGGAUGACGUUCCCACUGCCGCCCUCCAUUCAAAAGCCGCGGAGCACGUGGGCAUUUUCGCAGGGCUCCUGGCUGUCCUGGAGCACGGCGGGGGCGCCCCUCUGCCCGAGGGCCACGACGUCGUGCUGAUCACGGAGGACCACGUGGACACGGCGUGGCGCUGGGUGAACACAAGCCUCCUCAUUCGGGAGGCCAUGGCGCGCGGUGCCCCCCGUUGA